ACGAUAGUACGGCGUUGGAACUGUCCCCUACCACUGCGUGUUGCACGGAUCUAGUAAUUUGCCUGGCUGUGCAAGCGAUCGCCGUGUUGCUGCAGUGAAAAGAUGCUGCUCAGCGACUACGCCAAGUCGCUGUCUGAUCCCGAGCGCAGGAGAUACCACAUCAAAGUCGCAAAAUGCGGUAGCGACGACCCCUUGGCGCUUUCCGAUGACCAGUUCACGAACGAUGUUGGCUGCUAUCCCAGCGUAGACCGUGCGGAUAUCAACGAUUAUCUUGUUCACGGGACAAGUUUCGUGACGCGGGAGCAGCUUAAGAGCUACAAAUCCUUGGAGGCUCACAAUUAUGUCACAAGCGGCCUCGUGGAGCCACCAAGGGUGAAAACUCUUCGUGAUGGCAACAUCGUCGUCGUUUCAAAGGUCCGCCACUCACAAGCGUUUAAAGAAAAGCCGCCGCUGCCGUGGCUACUAAUCAAGCCUGAUGGUGAAGUUCUCUUGCGCCGCACUGGAGAGGUCACGUGA